AUGAAUGGAUUCUCAAACUGCUCUGCCAACUACACCAAGAUCUGGAGUCAUUACCUGGUGCUGGCCCUGGGGAUCCCCCAGCUGACCAUCAACGUCACCUCCGUCAUCUUCAACGGGCUCGUCAUCGUCACCCGCCUGGCCACCAGGGACCUGCACAAGCCCAUCUCCAUCCUCUUCUGCAACCUGGCUGUCUCUGACCUCUUCACCAGCUUCUCUGGCUUCUGGAUUACCGUGCUGUUCAUCACCAACCCCGACAUCACCAUCUUUGGCUCGCAGGACAUGCUGGCUCCCUACGCCCUGUACACCACCUCCAUCCUCUCCACCAUCUACAACCAGGUGAGCAUCGGCAUCGAGCGCUACCUGGCCGUGGCCAAGAGCAUGAGGACGAGGUUCAGGGUGGCCAGGCACCACUCCAUCGUCGUGGUCUUCAUCAUCUGGGUCCUGGCUUUCUUCCUGGGCUGCCUGCCGCUGAUGGGCUGGAACUGCCUGCAGGCAGAGAGGAGCAUCUCGGUGCUCUACAGCCCCUUCUGCGUCGACUACCUCGUCUUCAUCACCAUGCCCAACGUGGUGGUGGCCUUCCUCGUGCCCCUCUUCACCUACCUGAGGAUCAUCAUCAUCCUGAGGAAGAGGAAGCUGAGGAUGCAGGAGGCGUGUGGCCAGGUCACCAACACCUACAAGUCGGCGGAGACGCAGGUGGCCAGGACCAGCAUCUCCAUCUGGCUGCUGGCCCUGGUGUCCUACGCGCCCUUCUUGGCCGGCGUCAUCUUCGACGCCACCAACCAGCGCUGCCACACCGACCUCUACCCCGGGGCCUACAUCUUCAGGAACUGCACGGCCAUGCUGAUCACCAUCACCUGCCUGGGCAACCCUGUGCUCUACACGCUCAAGUCCAGGGCGCUGGGGGCCAGGCUGAAGGCGCUGCGCUGCCUCUGGGCCUCGCGCGUCCGGGCCUGCGCCAUCGACAACGUCUGA